UGUUAAUUCUCUUACUACGUAAAGAAUCAUGAAAGUUUUUUUAAGUGUUCACUCUUGGAGGACUUGACCGCUAUUUCGAUCUCUCUCAACUUCCAUUCCACAUUUUCCCGGCGACAUCUUUAAUCAACGAGGAACGGUUCUUUGAAAAGAUGGGCACUGAAUAUCCCAGUAGUCCUGCCAUUCCCUCGAGGCCUGCUUCUCCCUUUAGUGUUCCACAGAGUUCAACACCCUUUAAAUCAUCUGGCCCCGUGGUCGGACCCGAAGCUUCUGCAUUUCGGCAUGCCCCACCUAGUUCUACUCAGAUUACUCCUCCUUCCUCUUCAUCUGGUUCCAUGGUUGGAACUGAGGCCUCUGCUUUUAGAACAAUUCCGUCAGGUAUGCCUAAUGGUGCAGCCAGGCCACCUCCAACAUCUGGAUUCCCAAAUAUGCCACCAGCUGCUGGCCCUUACCAACCUUUUCCAGCACCACAGUUUUCUUCUAUAGCUCAGGUACCUCCACCACGCACUUCACUUGCAGGACAACCUGUUUUAUGGCCACCAGUUAGACCCGUUUCAGGUUCUUUCUCUACAUCUCCUGUUUCCCUUAAUCCAACCCAACCUACUCCUGUCCAAAUGGGAUCUCCCCCUCAAAGUGGGAGCAUGGUGCAACCUGAUAUAGUUGCUCCUCGGUCACCCAUAGAUUCCCAGUUUUCUGCUGCUAGGGCGACCAUGCAGCAAUCUUCACCAACAGCAGGUUCAGUUUAUCCUGUUGCCAGACCCAGCUUUCAAUCUUCUUUUCCAGGGUAUAUAAGUCAGCAAACCACAGCAGGUGCACAGGCUCAACCGAGACAAUCAUUAGCCUUUCCUCCUCAGCCAGGUGGUUAUGUUCCGCCAAUGCCAGCAGCAUCUAGCCCCUAUUUUGCCCAACAAGGAUGCUAUGCAGCCCCACCGUCAGUAGCAUCUCAACUGGGUCAUCCAAGGGAACAAAUACGCCAUCCAGGGUCUACACAUCCUAUGGCGGUUAUGCAGGGUUUAGUGGAGGAUUUUAGUUCCUUUUCUAUCGGGUCUGUUCCUGGAUCAUUUGAUUCUGGGCUUGAUUCUAAAGUUUUACCAAGGCCACUGGAAGGUGACCUGGAGCGGAACACUUUGUCCGAGAUGUUUCCGCUGAACUGUAGUUCAAGAUACUUGAGGCUGACAACUAGUGGCAUACCAAAUUCUCAGUCAUUGGCUUCAAGGUGGCACUUACCUCUUGGAGCAGUUGUUUGUCCUCUUGCUGAAGCUCCUAAUGGGGAAGAAGUUCCAGUAGUUAAUUUUGCCCAAACUGGCAUCAUACGGUGUAAGAGGUGCCGCACUUAUGUAAAUCCCUAUGUGACAUUUACAGACAGUGGAAGAAAGUGGCGAUGUAACUCAUGUGCAUUGCUUAAUGAUGUUCCUGGUGAAUAUUUUGCCCAUUUGGAUGCCCGUGGCAGAAGAAUCGAUUUGGAUCAAAGGCCUGAACUUACCAAGGGGAGCGUGGAGUUCAUUGCUCCCACUGAUUACAUGGUCCGGCCUCCAAUGCCUCCACUUUAUUUUUUUCUCAUCGAUGUAUCUGUAUCUGCUGUGAGAAGUGGGAUGCUUGAGGUUGUAGCACAAACGAUAAAGAGUUGUUUAGACAAUUUGCCUGGAUUUCCCAGAACACAAAUCGGGUUUAUAACUUAUGACAGUACAUUACACUUUUAUAAUAUGAAGUCAUCCUUGAAUCAGCCACAAAUGAUGGUCAUGUCAGAUCUGGAUGAUGUAUUUAUUCCAUUGCCAGAUGAUCUCCUUGUUAACUUGUCGGAAUCAAGAACUGUUGUAGAUGCAUUUCUAGAUAGCUUCCCUUCAAUGUUCCAGGAGAAUACAAAUGUGGAAUCAGCUUUUGGUCCUGCUCUUAGAGCAGCUUUCAUGGUUAUGAGUCAACUUGGUGGUAAAUUACUGAUCUUUCAGCACAGUCUUCCAUCAUUAGGUGUUGGCCGCUUAAGAUUGCGAGGAGAUGAUAUUCGUGUUUAUGGAACUGACAAAGAGCAUAUAUUGAGAAUACCAGAAGAUCCUUUUUAUAAACAGAUGGCUGCUGAUUUCACCAAGAAUCAAGUAGCAGUUAAUCUAUACGGUUUCAGCGACAAAUAUACUGAUCUAGCUACUUUAGGGACACUUGCGAAGUAUACGGGUGGUCAGGUAUAUUACUAUCCAAGUUUCCAAGCUGCUGUUCACAAAGAUAAAUUGUGUCAUGAGUUAGCCAGAGAUCUUACAAGAGAGACUGCUUGGGAGUCUGUCAUGCGUAUAAGAUGUGGAAAAGGCGUUCGUUUCACUACGUAUCAUGGGAACUUCAUGCUGAGAUCUACCGAUCUAAUAGCACUUCCAGCUGUUGACUGCGAUAAAGCAUAUGCAAUGCAGUUAUCGCUUGAAGAAACACUGCUUACAUCCCAGACGGUCUAUUUUCAAGUUGCCCUAUUAUACACUUCAUCUUCUGGAGAAAGACGCAUUAGGGUACACACAGCAGCAGCACCUGUGGUUGCAGAUUUAGGAGAAAUGUAUCGCAUGGCUGAUACGGGUGCUAUUAUUUCUCUUUUUACGAGGCUGGCUAUAGAGAAAACUCUGACCUCUAAGUUGGAAGAGGCUAGAAAUUCUGUUCAACUCAGGAUUGUGAAAGCUCUUAGAGAAUAUCGAAAUCUCCAUGCUGUUCAGCACCGCCUAGGAGGAAGGAUGAUAUAUCCAGAAUCUUUAAAGUGUUUGCCCUUGUAUGGAUUAGCUUUAUGUAAAUCAAUAGCCCUCCGUGGUGGAUAUGCUGAUGCUCAGCCUGAUGAACGCUGCGCUGCUGGAUAUACCAUGAUGGCUUUGCCUGUUAAAAAAAUGUUGAAACUUCUUUAUCCUCAGUUGAUUCGUAUAGAUGAAUAUCUUCUAAAAAAAACAUCUCUGGCCGAGGAUUCUAAAGAUAAAGACAUCUGGAAAGGGCUUCCGCUUGCUGCAGGGAGUUUAGAUCCUCAAGGUCUCUAUCUCUAUGAUGAUGGUUUUCGUUUUGUCCUGUGGUUCGGUAGUAUGCUUUCACCUGAUAGAGUUAAGAAUUUGCUUGGGGAAAACUUUGCUGCUGACUACUCUAAGGUUUCUCUUCGAGAACAAGAUAAUGAAAUCUCAAGAAAUUUGAUGGGCUUGCUUAACAAGUAUAGGGAAAGUGACAGCUCAUAUUAUCAAUUAAGCUAUCUUGUGAGGCAAGGUGAAAAGCCUAGAGAAGGAUACUUCCUGCUUACAAAUCUAAUUGAGGAUCCAGUUGGUGGUGCAAAUGGUUAUCUGGAUUGGAUCAUGCAACUGCACCGGCAAGUCCAGCAAAAUGCAUAAUUUAAGGUUCUACCAGAAAUUUGAUAAGAGUUUGGUAGUUCCAUAUUAUGAUGCAACAACACUUGAAGGCUAUCAACAACAAUCUAGUAAGCCUGCUCCAUCGCAUCUAACUAGGAUCAUUACAUACAAUGAGGUAUGUUGUCGUAGACUGGACAGUUUUGAAAAGAAAGUGCUCUUUGGUUUAUUUAUUUGUUUUCAUAUUUGUGUUUGGAUGCUAGGCCAAGAUAUAUGAGAGGCAUACCACUGACUGAAGGUAAUCUUUAUAAAAAAGUGAAAUCAAUGUUUGCCUAUGCACAUAGAAACAUCGUAUGUUCUGGCUAACUACAAGGGAGUAUCCUUUUUGUGUGUGUUGUGUGAGGCUAGUGUUAUUUUGUUGAUUUCUUUUGCAUCAGAAAGCACAACUCGACAUUUUACGGUUUUUUGUCUCCUAUCCCUUUCCCCUUAUUAUGUUUCAGUUUUAGUUGGCAUUACAUUCAAUGUCAUGUUUAUCCUUUAGCCUUUAGGGUGGUUUGAGCUCUUUCUUUUGUGGCCCUUUUGGUGCUUAUUGCACAAGUAUAAUGUGGGAGACCCAGAACAAAGUUUAGAUAAAAUACUUAUCGGAGAACAGAAUUGAUAAAAUACUUCUAACUGCAUAUUUAAAUUGAUGUAGUUUACUUCCCUAUGAUUUGGAUUUAAGGGAAUUAACAAAAAAAUUCGCCUUCAUCAGAUCUAACAAAAUAACUUAAGGUGGUAACAUAUGGAGACAUGGUCUGAUACCCUAUUUAUAGGUCCACUGUGAACCUUAUGAUGAGUUUUACUUGGUUUUUUCAUUAACUGAUGAGGUGUUUAGACCUUUUUCACAUGCCGCCAUCUAAACAUUUUAUCUUGAUUCAGAGAAUACAAGUUACUAAAGGAAAAGUGAACAAGGUUGGAUAGACAUUUACUGCUUCCAGUCUGACAUGACUGAGAAAUAAACUCUCAGGACACAGCUUUUUCUAUAUUCUUGGAAAUUUAAUCCUGGUUAUCUUGCUGGUCGCAGACCGUCCAUAUUAGCAGGAUUCUAUGAUUCCAGUUUUCUUGGAAAGCUGAGUGGCGAUUCUCUGACGAGUUGGAAGUGAUGUUGUGCUCCAUUAUGGAUGGUUUGCCAAAUGAGCUAAAGCUUCCUGGAAGAAAAUCUUCUAUUAGUUUUAAUUGACACAGUUGAUUGCUUCGUUUACCUGAUUUAUGGUGUAACAUCAAUUGAAGAACGCAUGUCUGGAACUGUGGGACUCGUGAUGGAGCAUUUUUGUAAUAUGGGAAGAAGGGCACUAUUGCAUAGGCCCCAUUUGCUAGCUCUGCUGAAGGUGAACGCAAGCAAAAAGGAGUCUUUAGAAAAUCGACUAGUAUUUUUGUUUAAUCUAUUGGUUUCGUGGUCCAGAACAUUAUUAAAUUGAACAUUCGUGCUGUUGAUUGUCUUUUCUCCUUUUCAAGUGGGAUAGUACGUGAGUCUGCAUGCAUUCCCGGGUUUGUAUUUAGAUGUUGGUACGUAUGAGGUUUUGUACAUUGCAUCUUAGUUGGGGUUAUAACCCAAAUAUAUUUUGCCCACUUUUGUAUUUGCUUAAACAAGUAGCGCAGAGAGACUUCUGUAAGGCGGAGUACUAUAUAAAAAUACCAUGAAAUUAUUAUUAUUAUUUU